AUGAUUUUCUUCUCUGUGCUACUACUACUAUUCACAAUCGUGAAAUCUCAAGAUGUUUCAGUUACCUUUCCAACAUUUCCUGCCAAUACCGAUAUUGGAUCAUGUACAUGUGAUUUAACAGGAAAUGCCUGUGAUGCAUCGUGUUGUUGCGAUCCUGAUUGUACAUCGAAUGAUUUGUUAGCAUUCGGAUGUGAUUCACAAGAAAAUCAGUAUACGAAUACUACUCCCAUCUACUCAACCGUUCAAUCAACAUGUUUCAAAAAUUUGUCAAUAUUUUACACAAAUACACCAUAUGUCAUUCAGAAGAUGGGUGAACUCGUGUGUAUAGACUACGCUCGUUAUAGCGGAAGUCAAUACUAUCAACAACCGAAUAUUCAAACAUUGAAUGCAGCUGAUUUCAUCCGAACACUCGACACACAAUAUAGUGUCACCGCACAGCCAACGAUCUCGACUAGUCUCACCAACUAUCAAGUCGGUACUUCAGUAUUAGCGUAUACGAGCGCGACGGGUGUUUCGAUUUAUACAUUACCAAUAGGAUUAUUUGGUAAUUCAUUGUGUUCAGGAUCACAAACAAUCACUUAUAUGAACGAUUUUACAUCGACAUGCAAUCAGCAGUUGAUUGAUCAAACAACUUGCACUGGAGCAUUAAAUCCUUUAACAUAUAUCAGUCCAUUAUGUCUCCUUCGAUCGCCAGCGAACCUCACCGAUAGUUCAGCGCGUGUUUGUAGUACUAUGACUGGUUCUAAUUCAAAUUAUUCGACAGGUUCUUGUGCAAACGCUUUGCAAAGUUUGACUGUAACGAUCUAUUACACAAAUCCAACUGGGAUCGUGAAUGUCGUUGUGAGUAGCACAACUGGAACUGCACUAUCAUCCACACCAUUUACACAAACAUUUACUGUUAAUUUCGUUCAAAAUGGUUCAAGUGUGUCGAGUACGACAAGUAAUCCAGGAUACCUUCCAGGUGCUGCUUUAGCCAGUAGCACUAUCAAUGGAACAUCGAUUACUGUAUUGAGUUCUUCACAAUUUUCUGUUAUACAAGCUGGGUCGAAUGGUUUUUGCGAUAGUAGCCUACGUACACCUAUUCGUUUUGGCGAAAAUAUUCAAUCAACAUGUCAGCUAACCUCUACAUGUCCUAAUUCUUUUGAUUUAUUUCCAGCAAUUGGUUCAUCAGACCUUUACGUAGCUGCUUAUAGUGAUUCAGACACAAAUAAUGUAACCAGUGAUUGGUUACCUGUUAUCUAUUGUACAUCACAGUUGGGAUCUCCAAAUAUCCGUCAAUGCAACAAAGGAAUUUUAAAUUCCACGUCGUCUAGUUCAUGUUAUUCAAGAUUGGAUAUUCAAAUCGCGUACAGUAAUAUUGGUUAUCUGAGUAAUCCACAAUCUGUCUUGAGUGCUGUCAUUUUUCACUAUCAAUAUAGUUCUUCAAGUUCCACUGUACAAUUUGUAACACAAAGUGUUACUUUUCAAGACAUAUCCGCAUCACCAACUGUCAUACAAGGUCAAGUACCUGCGCCGAAUACUCGUUUACCGGCCAACUUCUUCUAUCCAUUCUCAGUUAGCAAAGCAACACGAUUAAAUACAUGUGCAUCGUUCUCUCUUCUUGCCGUCGUUGUUUUCUGUGCUUUUGUCUAA